AUGUGUAUAUAUUUUCUUAAUCUGAUACAGGUAUCAAAACUGAUGAAUUUAUGAAUAAUAAGAAAUCGCAUGAAGUACAAGUUAUGUCAGAGCUGGUAGACAAAAUAGCAAAGUAUUGUGGUUUAAAGCAGGUGAUUGAUAUAGGUUCUGGAAAGGGCUACCUGAGUUCAUUUUUGUCUAUGCAAUAUGACUUAAAAGUUUAUGGAAUCGAUUCAUCGAAAACCAAUACUAACGGUGCUCAUGAAAGGAACAGGAAAUUGAAGAAACACUGGAAAACUUAUCAGAGUCGAGCAAGAGCCAAUUCUGAAACCCAGAGGUUGGAAAAGCCAAUAAAAAAUGAAGUUAAAUGUAAAGCUAUCAAUGAAAAGCCCUUAAAUAAUAACAGCAGUCUUCAAAGUCAAGACCAAGAGACUACCCAAGACUUAGUUCCUUCUUGUGUUUUCACAGAAGUAGCUGUAUCUGAGACCAGCAAACAAACUGAGAUCAAUUUGGCUCAGGCACGGUCUGAUGAGAACAAGCUUUCCGAAGAGGCUCUUGCUAUUCUCAAUGUUCUGCCUGCUGAUGCUGUAGAAGUUUUUUCUUCAUCCCACUGUAACUAUGGGGAAGUCUGUGAAGAGGAAAAAGCACGAAGAAAAACGGCAUUUAUCAAGGCUAAAGAGAGCAAGUCAAGUGAAUCAAACCUUUACUUUCCAUUGACCUCCUACAUCAGUGCAGAAACAGAACUCAGUGACAUCAUAACAGAUUUAGAGGACUGUAUAAUGGUUGGUCUGCAUACAUGUGGUGACCUUGCUGCAAACACACUACGAAUUUUUACUGCCAAGCCUGAAAUCAAAGCAGUUUGCAGCGUAGGCUGCUGCUACCAUCUGUUGUCAGAACAGUAUGAAAACCAAGAAGAUUGCACAGAGGAAGUGUGGGGAUUUCCCAUGUGUCAGUACUUGAAGGACAAGGGCUGGUGCUGUGGUCGCAAUGCUAGAAUGUCAGCGUGCUUGGCUUUGGAGCGAGUUGCAGUUGGCCGAACGCUGCCUACAGAAUCAUUGUUUUAUCGAGCUGUUCUUCAGGUUAUUAUAGAAGAAAUGUAUGGUGUCACCAAAAGUGAUCGACACGUUGGAAAAAUUUUCUCCAAAUCAUCCUCCUUCUUAGAUUAUGUCAGAAAGUCUCUGAAAAAACUGGAACUGGAUGAUUCAAAGCUCCCAGACAGCUGUAUAAUGGAUUACUAUGAAAAAUACAAGCACAGAAUGAAUGAGCUUGAAGCAUUUAAUAUGCUAAAGGUUGUGCUAGCUCCCUGCAUAGAAGUUUUGAUACUUCUGGAUCGUCUUUGCUACCUCAAGGAGCAGAACAACAUUGCCUGGUCAGGACUUGUGAAGUUAUUUGAUCCUGUGAAAUCCCCCAGAUGCUGUGCAGUUAUUGCUCUGAAGAAACAGUCGUAUCUUUAAGUGGAAGCAAACUGCAGAUGGGUUGAAAGCGCUGAACUGAUACUGCUAUUUCCUCACUGUUCUUUUUAAUUGAUUCCUCAAGUAUACUGAUGCGUUUGGCAACUAUUUACUUUUCAGAUGCAAAAAUAAUAAACGCAAUGCCUCUGUGAAUCGUAAGAAAUAAACUGUGAUCUGUACCUCUCUUAUAAAUACUA